UGGUGGGUUGGCCGCGUCUUGCGUAUUGCGUGGUACCGGGUAGCGCUUGGCGCGCCCGACAAGUCAUUCGCGCUCGAACGGUGAAGCAGUGCACACCGCGCGCGUCAAGUGCAAUUCGUUAUUCGCGAGCCAAGUGAGCAGAACCGAGCCAAGUCUCGACACGUGUCUCGAGUUGAUUCCUUCCUGAUUGACCUGGAGCAGCGUGGUGAGCGUGUGAACGGGUGCUAGUAGUGCUCAAGCCAACAACCACAGCCGGAGAACCACAAAUCAACGAAUCGAACAUGAGGCCUCCGACGCACUUCGGUAACGACAUUACCAACACCGAGGCCAACGGUGACGAGCAGCAGAACAACAACCAGAACAACCAGAACAACAAUGGAGGCGGAAACAAUAACAGCAGCAGUGGCGGAAACAACACGGACUUUAUCGUCGAGCGGCUCACGCAGAUGGGGGCCACGAUGAUGUUCCCGAAGAUUGCGGGCCGCGGCAUUAUCCGGGUCGUCGAGCGCUGCGACGACGCGAAGGAGAACAGUAAUCUGGACCUCUCCGAAUGCGAACUAAUACAGGUACCGGACGCAGUUUACCAUCUGAUGAGACACACCGAACUGAAAUCAUGUGAUCUGAGCGGAAAUGUGAUAACGAAAAUUUCGCCCAAAUUUGCUGUAAAGUUCAGCCUUAUCACAGACCUCAAUCUGUCCCACAAUCAGAUGUCGAAACUGCCCGAGGAACUGGCCGACCUGCAGUCGCUGACGACGCUGGACAUUUCCCACAACUCGUUCAUCACCCUGCCUGCGGUAGUGUUCAAAAUGCCAAACCUUCGCGAGCUGCGGGCCAACAAUAAUGCCAUCAUCGACAUCGAUCGCGAUGAGAUCAUCGCUUCCGACUCGCUAGAGCUGGUCGAUCUGCGGCACAAUCCCCUCACGCCGAUGUGUCACGAUCUGCUUAAACGCGCGCACGUCUCGUUCCGGAUCGAACUGUCCGAGCGGGAGAAGGAAGAGUGGGAAGAUCUGAUCAUUUGAGCGGUCCGCUCAUCACUGCGUGCGUGCGUGCGUGCUUUUCCUGCCUUCAAGCUGCAUCUUUACAUUAGCGACAGCUACAAAUUAAGUUGCCCCCUUCCCGCGGUAUGGUCAGAUCCUGCGUGAUAGUUGGGACUGGAAGAGGAUAGUGACGAAUCUGGAUCUUGGCUGUUAUGUCUAGAGAUUAGGGAGAGUACUCGCUUCGUGAAAUGACCACACACUGGCCCGUUCUUUGUAUGGCUUCAUUUAGUGCGUAACUAGGGCAACCGAUGGUAUUACUUCGUUCGAGCAUGGAACGUUAUGAGUCGCACCCAGAGUAAGGUCUUUUCCUUUCGAAACUUUCCUUUGCCGAUCCGCCACCAUUUUGCGCUGUAUGUAUUGUAAUUAUAUCAAUGUUUGACGUUGUAAGUGUGAAUAACCGAUUUAAUUUUAAGCAUUAGCGCGAUAGCUUAACCCCAUUUCGUUUUCGUCCAGCUCUCCGGGGCCGUACACACAUUCGUUUAUUUUGUGGAUUUCAUGGGCUGCGGUGCAGAGUACUAUUGGCUAUGGGGCAACAAUUUUGAUCUAGUCAUUGGCGGAUUUGGUCGAUCGCAGACUUAAAAUCGUAGCCGCCACCGUUCACAUGAAGCGGCAAUCGAAAGCGUUACCGGUAGAGGAAAUUGAUCAAAAUUAUGAACAAGAACGAAUCGCUCAGUAGGCAGUGCCCAGCCAUUGUAAAGACUGUAAAUCAAACAAUAAAAACGAAUCGCUGCGAACCCUCUGGGCGGUGCGUCCUCCGGAUUGUGCUUGGAUGGGUUGUGAGUGACCACUAACCGGUAUUUGAAUCGUAUUGGCCCCAGGCGGCCGUGCUUUUUUGUAAAUAGCACCGUGAAAAGGACGAUACAAUCGACAAUAAAGAAUCUUA